AUGCAAUCGAAACAACUCAUUGAUAUAGUUCAUUAUUUAUAUGAUUGUGGUGUUAUUCAUCGUGAUAUACGUCCACAAAAUUUAAUGUUAGAUCGUGAUAGUAAUCAUAUAAAAUUAAUUGAUUUCGGUUUUGCCAUUGCAGUUAAUAUCAAUAACAAGGCGGGUAGCAUAGAUAUAAUAGGUCCACUUGCAUUUGCUAGUGAACCAUUUUUAGAUUUUUAUUCAAAAUUAUUAAAAGGCCAAGAGUUCCCAUAUUAUUUUUAUGAACGAACUUUUGAUUUAAUAUGUGCAUUAAACAUUAUAAUGACUAUGAGUAAUGCUGAUGUCAAACAAAGUAUUGAUUCAUUUAAUAAUUUACAAGAUGUUAACGAACUAGUCUUAAAAUCAUUGCAAUUAUGGAAAGAUACUCAACGUGCAAAUAAAUAUUAUUCAAAUUUAUUGAAUUUAAUAAAAAAACUGAAUUCAUGGUAUACAUUAGGUGAAUUAGAUGAAUCAAAUGGAUCGGAUGAAUUAUCAGUUUCUCAUCAUUCAAAAGAUCAAUCAGUUCAAUCAGUUCAAUCAUCACUUUCGAAUGUUUCAAAAGACCAAUUAGAUGAAUUAAAUGAAUUAGAUGAACCAAAUGAAUCAAAUGAAUUAAAUGAAUCAAAUGAAUUAGAUGAACCAAAUGAACCAAAUGAAUCGGAUGAAUCAUCAGUUUCUCAUCAUUCAAAAGAUCAAUCAGCAAUUUUUGAAGUUAUAAAAGAUGAAAUAGAAAAACUUUUCGAUAUGUGA